CGCACUCCUUAUCUUUAGCACACUUAGCGCACUCUGGCUUACCGAAGCACUUCACGCGCGAGGCGUUAGUGUUGAAGAUGCACUUUCCUUUCUCGCAGCGCUUGGAGGCGCACUGGCCAUCAGCAGAGCAGGGUGAGCACUCGGGUUUCCCGAAGCACUUCACGCGGGAUGCGUUGGUAUCGAAGAUGCACUUUCCUUUCACGCACAGCUUGGACGCGCACUGGCCACUACCGGAGCAGGGUGAGCACUCGGGUUUCCCGAAGCACUUCACGCGGGAUGCCUUGGUAUCGAAGAUGCACUUUCCUCUUACGCAAAGCUUGGAGGCGCACUGGCCACUACCGGAACACUCGGCGCACUCAGGCUUACCAAAGCACUUCUCACGAGAUUCUCUGGUAUCGAAGAUGCACUUGUCUUUGACGCAAAGCUUGGUGAGGCACUGAUUGCUGGCGG